UCCACUUGCCCCCAGAUGUUCUGGAUUUGGGCUGUUGAAGGAGUCUGCUGGCCUCUCUGGAGAAGGACGGGCAUGUGGUCCCUGUGGAGCCUGCUUCUCUGGGAAGCACUGCUUCCCACCAGAGCCUCCAGCGCCCAAGUGCACGGCCAGGUUGGGGGCUCUGUGCUGCUGGUGGCAGAGCGCCCUGCCAGCUUCCAGGUCCGAGAGGCCAUCUGGAGAUCUCUCUGGCCUUCGGAGGAGCUCCUGGCCACAUUUUUCCGGGGCUCCCCAGAGACUCUGUACCGCUCCCGCUUCCUGGGCCGAGCCCAGCUCCACAGCAACCUCAGCCUGGAGCUCCAGCCUCUGGAGUCUGGAGACAGCGGCAACUUCUCUGUGCUGUUGGUGGACACAAGCGGUCGGGCCCAGACCCAGCUCCUGCAGCUCAAGGUGUACGAUGCAGUGCCCAGACCCGUGGUACAAGUAUUUAUUGCUGUAUCGGGGGACGCUCUGCUGCCCAAGACCUGCCAGGUGUUCCUGUUCUGUCGGGCCCCCAACAUCAGUGACAUAACCUAUAGCUGGCGACGGGAGGGAACCAUUGACUUUGGUAUUGAACCAAGAGGCCUCUUCGCGGAUGGACAGGUGCUGAGGGUUUCACUGGGACCAGGAGACAAGAGUGUGGCCUAUUCCUGCAUUGUCUCUAACCCUGUCAGCUGGGACUUGGCCACCGUCACCCCUUGGGAGAGCUGCCAUCGCGAGGCAGCCCCAGGAAAGUCCUCCUACAAAGAUGUGCUGUUGGUGGUGGUGCCCAUCUCCCUGCUCCUGACCCUGGCUGGUCUCCUCUCUGCCUGGCACUCCUACUACUCAGGGAAAAAGCAGAAGGACGUCUGUAUUGACAGAGUGGCUUCAGAGACAGAGAACCCCCUUGUGUAG